UCUCUCUCUGGUUUAUUGCCACUCUGACAUCAGGACUAUUGCAGUUGAAGGCUUUCGCUCCGAGAGGGAUAUAUCAUUGUCAGCUACUAUUUCCCAGAGGCUUUUUACACACCAUACCAAGAGAGCUGUGAGGAGAGAGAGAACCUCUCCAUUCACCCUGAGAGUCUGUCUGUCUGUCUGCCUGCAGAGCAUCUUUCAUGCGUCUCCUUGUGUCUCAGUCUCACAUCAACAUGAACUGUGAACAGGACUUUGGAGAGGGGGGCAUGAACGUCACCCUUACGCUACGGCUCCUCAUGCACGGAAAGGAAGUUGGCAGCAUCAUCGGAAAGAAAGGAGAGACAGUGAAGAAAAUACGAGAAGAGAGCAGCGCACGUAUCAACAUCUCAGAGGGCUCGUGUCCAGAGAGGAUCAUCACUAUUACAGGACCUACAGACUGUGUCUUCAGGGCCUUCACUAUGAUCACUCUCAAACUGGAAGAGGACCUCACAACUCUGGUAGCCAAUGGCACGGUCACCAGCAAGCCCCCCGUCACUCUACGAUUGGUCAUUCCUGCCAGCCAAUGUGGUUCUCUCAUUGGGAAGGGCGGCUCCAAGAUCAAGGAGAUCAGAGAGACCACGGGGGCACAAGUACAGGUAGCAGGAGACCUCCUUCCCAACUCCACUGAGAGAGGAGUGACGAUAUCCGGGACCCAAGACGCCAUCAUCCAGUGUGUCAAGCUCAUCUGCACUGUCAUUCUCGAGUCACCUCCAAAGGGGGCCACUGUUCCAUAUCGACCCAGCCCCUCCCCAGGAACAGUCAUGAUAUCCGGAAACCAGGUGUUCGAGGCGUCUGAGUACGGGUCACACCCCCUCUUCCAAUUGGCCCAGGGAGGGCUGGAUCUACAACAAACGUACGCUGUACAGAACCAAUAUGGCAUUCCACAUUCAGAGUUGGCCAAGCUUCACCAGUUGUCUAUGCAGCAGCAAGGCCUGGCCGCCCAGAUGAACCAACAGCAGACCAACUCUGUCAUACCUGGAAUGGACUCCAAUUCACAGACCACAUCGCAGGAGCUACUCAUUCCAAAUGAUCUCAUCGGCUCCAUCAUCGGGCGUCAGGGCACCAAGAUCAAUGAGAUCCGCCAGGCGUCAGGGGCUCAGAUUAAGAUCGGUAGCCAGCUGGACAGCACCAGUGAUAGAGCCGUCACCAUCACAGGGACCCCCAUCUCUAUCAACCUGGCCCAAUACCUCAUCACCUCCUGUUUAGAGACCGCCAAAUCCACCGCCCAGUCUUCCUCCAUGUCGACCCCUGCUGACCUCACCAUGGCCUACAGCCAACCGCCCUCCCCAGCCCAGUCUUCAGCUGUGGCUGCUGCCACCCUGGCCGCCAUGGGCUGCCCUGGCAUGUCCCACCCCCACCCCCACGCUGCAGUCCCUAUGAUGGGCACCCACCCCUAUGGGGCCCUCCCCCUCUCCAGCCUCCUUGGAAUGCAAUCCAUGAAAUCCAUCCAAUCUGUACCCUUCCUGGCUUUAUCCAACCCUGCCGCCAAUGCAGCCGCCGCCGCUGGGGCCCAGGCCCAGAUCUCCUACACAGCGAAGAUCUCCUCGGCCAACGGGAUCGGGAAGAAACCGGAGAGACAGAAGUUUGCGCCAUACUGAUGAGGUCCAUCCCGCCAUCACUCCAUCCUUCUCUCCAGCUCUCACUUCCGUCCCUGAGACAAGAAAGAAAGGGGGAAGAAUGGAAGGAAGGUCUGUUUUUUGUUGUUGUUGUUAUAUUCCUCCAUUCUCUUCUCUCUUCUAGUUGUGUAGUACAUUCUAGAGACUUUAGCCCUUACCUUCAAUACACUAAGAGGAACUUUGGAUUAGUUCGUAUAGAAAGCUAUAUUUAUGUUGUCAGGCCAAGGAAGCCUAUCAAGCCAUAGUCUGUAUCUCAAAUGGAACCCAUCUCAAAUGGAACCCAUCUCAAAUGGAACCCAUCUCAAAUGGAACCCAUCUCAAAUGGAACCCAUCUCAAAUGGAACCCAUCUCAAAUGGAACCCAUCUCACCUUUAUAGUGCAGUUCAGUUGACCAGAGCUAAUGGUGCUCCAGGGUUCUAGGCCCCACCAGGGUUCUGAUCAAAAGUAGUGUAUUGUAUCUGGAAAAGGGUUCUGUUUGAGAUGCAGCCAUAGACUAUUCUAUCCUUCACUUUCAUCCUCCUGUCACCGUCCUUUCAUUCUACUCUACUGCUAUUUAUUUAUUAUUGACUUCUACUGAAAUAUUCCCGCAACAAGUUUAUACAUUUAAACACUGGUGACUGAUGCUCGACUGUAUGUUCCUGUAUCAGCUUUUAUACAAUGAUGUGUGUUCCUUCCUUUAUACAACUCCAAGUUUUUUUUUGUAUUUGAAGAACAAUGUAAAAAAAAAAAAAAAGUUUUUAAAAAUGACUUCAGACCUCUCUCUUAGUGUUAUUUUUGUCAUGUUUUUUUGUCACAUUUUAUUAGAAAUGUGCUGUUUAAUUUAUUUUAUUUAUUAUGACGAGUAUUACUUUUACAAUAAAAUGUUAGUUUUUUUAGGAGGAAAAUGGCUCCAGGUACUACUACCAAAACUACUAAUACUUCCUUCCUUCCUGUCCUGAGUUUUGCCUAAAGAAGGCCUUUCUUCCUGUCUGUCUCCUACUAAAGCUUAAAGUUUUUUUUAGCAACGUUAGGUUUCUGUUGAAUAGAGAGAAAGUGUUUUUCUACAUCUUGUAUGUCAAUAUAAUGAAUAAUUUAACACGCUACUGCGAUUUAAACACCUAAAGCCCUAUUGGAAUGAGGGAUGAGUGAUGAGGGAUGAGGAUGUUUUUCUCACCCCGGCUGUCAAACUAAUAUGACACUUACUAGCUAUUCUUGACUAAUUCUGCAUGUUAGCUCGGCCACACACACACACACACACACACUGAAACACACACUGAAACACACACACACACACACAGGUUAAAACACACAUUGGGCUGGGUCUUUGUGUUGACAGACUCUAUAGACCUAAAUAACCACAAGCAGUGUGAAAGACAAGCAAUACUGAAGUGAAGGAGUGCAUCUGCUGUAGCCUACAGACCAAUAGAGACAGACAGGACAACAUAUAUACUACUACUACUACCACUGUAAUACAUUAUAACUCUAUCUUACUGGGGUGUUAUUGCAUUAGAGACGUUUUGUGUUGAGUUUUUAUAAAUAUGCCGUAAAAUAUGAACUCACUUAUUUUUAUAAAAACACCGAAACAAUGUAAGUUGUAGGGUAUUUACUGUGUUCACUUACUAGUAAAUCGCUCAUUCAUAGUCUGUCUCAAUAGCUGCCUUCUUCCCUUUACUGUGCACUACUUUUCACUGCACUCGCUUGACAUAUAGUGCACUGUGUUGGCAAGGGUGCCUUUUUCGGGAUGCAGACACCCACUGAACGUUGUUGUCAAAACCUCCGUCCACCGUGUGUGUUUUCUGUUCUCUCCUGACGUCUGACGUCGCACUGCGGCCCAUUUGCAUGAGUUCAAUUUGAAUUGAUGUCUAUGCAAAACAUCUCUUGAUGGUUCAGCAAAAUAUAUUUGUUGUUCUGCGUAGCUCAAAGUAUCACUGAGACAAUAGUGACUGAGAGGAACGUUUCGGAGAGGAUACAGGGGGAUUAGCUCGGGACGCAACAAUCUGGUAACUCCACCCGUUGGUUUUCUAGAAAUCCCGUUUCGGAGAGGAUACAGGGGGAUUAGCUCGGGACGCAACAAUCUGGUAACUCCACCCGUUGGUUUUCUAGAAAUCCCGUUUCGGAGAGGAUACAGGGGGAUUAGCUCGGGACGCAACAAUCUGGUAACUCCACCCGUUGGUUUUCUAGAAAUCCCGUUUCGGAGAGGAUACAGGGGGAUUAGCUCGGGACGCAACAAUCUGGUAACUCCACCCGUUGGUUUUCUAGAAAUCCCGUUUCGGAGAGGAUACAGGGGGAUUAGCUCGGGACGCAACAAUCUGGUAACUCCACCCGUUGGUUUUCUAGAAAUCCCGUUUCGGAGAGGAUACAGGGGGAUUAGCUCGGGACGCAACAAUCUGGUAACUCCACCCGUUGGUUUUCUAGAAAUCCCGUUUCGGAGAGGAUACAGGGGGAUUAGCUCGGGACGCAACAAUCUGGUAACUCCACCCGUUGGUUUUCUAGAAAUCCCGUUUCGGAGAGGAUACAGGGGGAUUAGCUCGGGACGCAACAAUCUGGUAACUCCACCCGUUGGUUUUCUAGAAAUCCCGUUUCGGAGAGGAUACAGGGGGAUUAGCUCGGGACGCAACAAUCUGGUAACUCCACCCGUUGGUUUUCUAGAAAUCCCGUUUCGGAGAGGAUACAGGGGGAUUAGCUCGGGACGCAACAAUCUGGUAACUCCACCCGUUGGUUUUCUAGAAAUCCCGUUUCGGAGAGGAUACAGGGGGAUUAGCUCGGGACGCAACAAUCUGGUAACUCCAUCCGUUGGUUUUCUAGAAAUCCCGUUUCGGAGAGGAUACAGGGGGAUUAGCUCGGGACGCAACAAUCUGGUAACUCCACCCGUUGGUUUUCUAGAAAUCCCGUUUUGAAGAUUCCCAGAAUCAGGAAUCAUCAGGAAAUCUGCCAUCCUCCAUCCAGGAUUUCUGGAAAACCUGGGAAUUUUGGAGAAAGUUACAAGAAUUUUGCGACCCUAGGAUCAGCAAUGCAGCAUUUGUUUUGGCUCAGUUUUUUUAACCAUAAGGAUGACUAUAUAAAAGCAAUGCUCUCAUUCCAACUCUUUCUAAUGCGGAAGACACAUUUCAGUUGAAGGCAUUCAGUUGUACAACUGACUAGGUCUCCCCCUUUCCCUUUCCUUUAAUACACAAUAUGCACAUGACUAUAACCCAAUCAAAAGGACACGAAACAAUACAAUAUUGCACUUAAACAUGAGCGUUUCUGUUAUCGUGGCAGAAUAGAUAUCAACAUAUUCUAUUCAUUAGAUACCGUCACACUUCUUGCAAUGUCUUUUUUUUUUUGCUUAAAUCCUCACAGGAAAAGUUCUGUCGUUUGAAUCCACGUGAAGUUUUCCUCUGUUGUUUCUUUCUGUACAUGCCAUUCUAAUAAACAAAACAAUAUGCAUCUA